AUGAACAUCCACAGGAAAUGUAAUGUCAGUAAAGCUAUUAAAAAUCUUUGUCAAACUGAAGAGUUCAUCCUCUGGGGACCAACAACAUUUAUAGUUAAGACACACUGGACCAAACGUGAAAAUUGUGCACUAGAUGAAAGGUCAGCAGCGUCACCAGAAUCAUUAGGAAUCAUAGUUUUAUAUUUAAAUGGGUCUUUCUUCCUUUUCUCUCAGAAUCCAGAGAACCACCUGUCUCCAAACACAAGGAGGAGUUUCAGCUUCUCGUCUCUCCGCAUAAAAAAACGGCACAACAGCAAUGAUGAGGGUGGAUUUACACGACGCAGAGGGCUGCUGUCUUUUUCAUCAGUACGAGAGACAUCCAGAAAAGAGUCAGUCCUGGAUGAAGACGAGGCCUCGCAGGACCAUGUAAAGAAGACAGGAACACGCAGAAGCAGUGCGCCACAGUUCUGUGGUUCUGACACAGAUGGAGGUGAGCAGCCCAAAGGUAACCUCAUCUCUGAUGUCACUGGGAGACACAGUAUCCCACCAGGUGAAGAUGAUGGUGGACAACAAGGGGCCCUCAAGAGGUUUAGUGCCAUGUGGUCCUCCUUCCGCAAAGGCAAAAGAGAUAGAGUCAGAGAUGCUGAGCCUACAGAGCCGCCGGCCCCGGUUGUGGCAGACACAUCCAGGCAGCACCGCUUCGGCAGCGGGCAGUACUUCUUCGAGUAUCUGGUGGUGGUCAGCCUCAAGAGAACCAAGGACGGCAGCGGCUACGAACCUCAGAUCACCUACCAGUUUCCCAAGAGGGACGGGAUGGCGAGGUUUCAGAAGGAGGAGGAGGAGAAGACGCUGAAGGCAAUCACUCUCUUCUGUUUCCCAGAGGGCAUCAACUGGGCUCCUCUGACUGAGUACCACAGUGAGACCUUCUCCUUCGUUCUGACGGAGAUUGACGGCAGCAGGAGAAAUGGCUACUGCAGGAGGUUACUGCCUCGAGGGAAAGGAGCUCGACCACCUGAGGCUUACUGCAUCAUAAGCUCGCUGGCUUGUUUCGGCCUCUUCUCCAAGAUAUUUGACGAGGUGGAGAAGCGGAGGCAGAUCUCCAUGGCCAUGAUCUACCCAUUCAUGCAGAAGCUGAGGGAGGCUUCGUUCCCAGCUCCAGGACACACUGUGGAGAUUAAGAGCUUCAUUCCUGAGUCGGGCACUGAGGUCAGAUCAAACCCCUGCUUCUUCUGCUCACAUAUAGUUUGAUGAUGCAGAUAUUUUACUGCAAUGAAAGACUCAGAUCAACAGAGGCAGAAGUUCAAAACGAUUUCUGAUGCAACACAAAAUGUACAAUGUGAUGCAUCUUAAGGGCGGCUUAAGAGCUAUUCCGCCACUUAGGCUCAGUGUAUGAAUGUGUAUGACUGGUGAAUGCAGAUGUAGUGUAAAAGCGCUUUCAGUAUAUAAUAGUUAUAAUUUUCUUUAAUCUCAGAACGUGGCGACAUCUCAAACAAGAAGUUCCGAUGCACAAAGACACGUGAGCAGUCAGGUGGUCAGACAGGUUGGAAACAAACCUCCGAGUUAGACAAACUUUUUAGAGAAAGUG